AUCUUUGAUUCAAUUUGAUUUACAUCUUCACAAAUGGUGUUAUUAAAUCAUUUUUUUCCCGUUUAAUUAAUUGAAUGAGUAUUUGCUUGAUUAAAAAGCGGACAAUUAUUAUUGCAUUUCCAAAAAGUAGCUGAUUUCAUUUACUGCUGAUUGAUUCUAGGGUUUUGGCUAAUUGUUGAAGAUAUAGUAAGUUUUGUUGUGAAAAUAUAGCUGAUUUCAAAUUUGUCAUAUUAAUAUUGAGCAGGAUUACUAUUAUCAUUGCACUAAUUUAGAAUUGUUUGAUUUUUCCUGCUCUUGGUUUGAUUGAUGAAAAUGUUGAUGAAUGAAAAUGUGGGUCUGAAGUAGAUUAGGAACAAUUUCCAGAAGAUAGGAAAAUCACGACUAUUUCAAUUAUGUGAGGACUUACCUGAAAAUCGUGUACAUUUCAUAAAAAGGACAAGAUGUUUAUGGGGAGCACUGGUCGUCUUCCUGAAUAUAACUCGUUAAACGAUACAUUGGUUCUUGAUGACAAUUUAGAAGCAGAUGAGGAUAGAGAAACAGAUGACUCUAGCGAGAUUAUAUACAUGGCCUCCUUUGAUGAACUUGCUCGAAAUUGCCUUCAGUAUGAGACCAUCAUAUGGCUGUCUAUAUCACUGCUGUUGGUUUUGGCUUGGGGAAUUGGGGUUAUUAUGUUGCUAUACCUACCCUUUAAACGAUAUGUGCUCAUGAAGGAUAUUUCUUCUCGGAAGUUGUACGUCACACCGACUGAAAUUGUCUACAAGGCAUCUAGACCAUCAUUUUUACCCUUUUGGAAAACUGUGACGAUGGAGAGACACAUUCCUUUGUCCUUGGUAAUUAAUGUAAUCAUAGAGCAAGGUUGUUUACAGUCUGUAUAUAGCAUACAAACUUUCAGAGUAGAAAGCAUUGCGCGUGGUAAAGCUGCUCUGGUGGAUGAAUUGCAGGUUCAAGGAGUAUCAAACCCAGGACAUUUGAGGAAGGUCAUUAUUGCUGAAGCUUCAAAAGUUUUUCUAAAUGCUGAAAAGACUAUAAAUCACGUGUCAUCCUCGAAUGAAAGAUUUGCUUCUUUGAGACUAUCAUCCAAAAAGUGGAAGUUACAGGCUGAAAAUUCUCUACAUUAUGCAGAAUUUACAGAGCACAGAGAAACAGCCUCACGAGAGCUUUUCUUGCAUAAACUUGAUGAUUUGGAUAAAUCUGUUAAGGAAAUUGAGUCUCUCAUUGAUAAGUCCCAACCCCCAUCAAAGUUAGCUGAAUGAUUUGAAGAGGUGGCUUAGGGUGUGUUAGCCUCCUGUUCUAUUUUCGGCCGAUUAGAUUGAGUUUUAUAGCGUGCACGUCAAUGACAAUCUUGUGUAAUUCCUCCGUCUUAUUAUACUUGCAACUGAAAUGAUACUUUAUCAAACAAUGUCAUAAUCAGUUACAAUUAUUUAUGAAUGGAGGUAAUAUACUUAGAUGUUUUUGAUUAUUCUUGUUAUGGGUCAAAUUCGAUGAUUGUAAGCACAGAUAUAACUUGUUGCUGUAAAUAUAUAUUACCAAGUUAUUAGUGUCAUAAUUUUUUGGGCAUGUUAGAAAAUUGAUUUUACUCUUAACAUCAAAUUCAAAGCUGUUAAUUCUUGCCU